AUGAUUUUAAAAAAUGGUAUUGUAGGAUUGUUUUCUGUAGAUGAUUAUGAAAUAUUUGAAAUUGUUAAAAAAAUGACUAAAAUUUCUUCCGAAACUAAAAUUUCAGGUCGCUUUAUUUGUACUAUUGAACAAACAACUGAUGAUGAGUUAGAAGAUGAAGUCGCAAGACUAAAGGAGAGUAUUAGGUCAAAGCAAAGAAAAAUUAGAAAACUCGAAAGAAUAAUCAAAAAAGAAAAAAAGAAAAUGUAA